AUGUCCGAAUUCUACGCCCCCGAAACCCCCUCCCGCGUCAAAAAUGCCACCGGCCUCCACCUCAUCACCGCCCUCACCCCCAACGGCCGGAAAGCCCACAUCUACCUCGAGGAACUGAAAGACGCUUACGGCCUCGCCUUCACCAUCAGUCUCAUCGACCUCGACACGGAGGAGCAGAAGAAACCAUGGUUUCUGCGCUUGAACCCGAACGGCCGCAUCCCCCUCCUCAUCGACAACACCACCACCCCGCACCCGCACCCCGUCAUGGAAUCCUCCGCCAUCCUGCUGUAUCUCUACCACAAAGUCGAUCGUGCCCACAAAUUCGGGUUCGCCGAUCCCCUACUGCAGAGUCAGGUGCUGCAGUGGACGGCCUUCUGGGCUGCGUCGGGGCAGCCGGUGCAGGGGCAGUGGAAUUAUUUUCGGCGGAGGGAGGGGGAGGGGGGUGGCAUCCAUGAUGACGCCGCGAAAAAGCGGUUCCACGAUGAACUCCUCCGCGUGUACCACGUCCUCGACGCGCAUCUCUCCGGGCGGUAUACCGCCAGCAGCCGGGCGAGGGAGUACCUGGCGGGCCCGGGCGCGGGGCAGUAUACCCUCGCGGAUAUCAAUGCGUGGGCGUGGGUGCGGAAUCUUCGGGGGGUUGGGCUGGAGGAGGGGGCGUUGGCGCGGUUGCCGGCGCUGGCGGCGUGGGUGGAGCGGGUGGGCGCGCGGGGGCCGGUGCAGAGGGGCGCGUUGGGGGAGGGCUAUGAUGAGGUCGUGCAUCCGGAGUUGGUGGUUAGGACUUAA